AUGGCUACCACCUUUCCUCGCUUCAGCGAGCUCCCCAAGGGGAUUCGGGACAUGAUCUGGGACAUUGCCAUCCGCCCCGACGUCCCCGGCGUGCCGCGUGCACUAUUUCCGGAUCAACAACGCCCUCGUCUGCCUGUUCCUGGAGAUCUGGAGGGGCAAUACUACACCCCGGAGACGCUAUAUCACAGCGCCUCGGUUCGCGAUGAAGAGCGCGGAUGCUGUAACGAGGACAGGUCGCCGGUGGUGGAGCAGAUUGUCUCUGGGCAAUUCCUUCCGGGCAGGCAACUUCACCCUCUCGAACUUGGCUCAGUGGCGGGAAAACUUUUCAGAAGUUCCAUGGGCAAAGAACCCUCAUGCAGUUCUCUCUGGAUGAGGUCCUCCAACCCCUCGACAUACGCCCGCGAUGCAGGCCUCUGGACCGCGUGUCAAGAGUCUCGAGCGCGGAUUCGGAGGCGUCUAGGGCACGCUGGAUCCUCGUUCAUCAUGCGGGACGAACCCGAGGCUGCACCACGCUACUUUGGUAUCCAGGCCGAGCGAGACCUCGUUAUCAUUCAGCCGCAGAUAUACGACCCCUCACUUGCCGCACGAGACUAUGCGAAACAAAUCUGGAAGUUAGGGGCUCGUGGCGUGGAUAAGGUCUGGUUCAUCGAUUAUAGUAUGCACCGUCUGGACUGGGUUCCAGAUGCACGCUGCACCCUGCGCGAGGACAUGAUGAAGCAUCUCUAUGCUCGUUCGGAAGCAAUAAGACGUUGUGUUACUGCGAACGAAUCCGAUUCCUUGCCGUUGUCCGCCUCCUCUGCUGUCAUUUCGAACGGCGAUGGAGGCGAUACAGACGCUAAAGGCGCAGAGGACGGCGAAUAUGUGCCGCCGCUCACAUUCUAUGCCCCUGAUGGGCGUAUGCGAUUCGUUGAGGUGAGACCGUUUACGCAUCCUCGGUUUGGCCAUGUGUGCAACGACCAAUGCACAAAUGCUUGCCCCCACAACUCCGCGGGUAUCCCGCUGUUCCCAGCAAACGCCUUCGGUUUGGAUGUGUCACAAGCAAUGGAGCGCGUGCUCGCUAGCCUUCGUUCGAUACGGCCCGGGGCAGACAAUUCGUGGGUCCCAAAUGUUGGCGUGUUAGCCUGUGAGGUGGUUGACUAG